AUGGGAUCUCUACAUGCAGCUUCCAUGCAUGGGAUUCCUACAACAACUUCAAAACAUGUCGGUUUCAACAAUGUUUACCACAAUGGACACCGUGGAUUAAAUUUCCUUUCUAAACUGCCGUACAUGGAACCAAUUCCUGAAACGACAGCCCAAGGAACCCAAAUGGAAGUGACUGGCUAUUCCAGCCAGUUACCGUGCUCUAUGAAAGCAUCAGGCAUCAAUUAUGCCACUGACGGUUUUCAUUCAAGAACCCCAUUCCAAGGAACAACUGGAUUUUCUUUACGUCAUACAGAACCUACCAAGGGACAAUACAGUGGAUUAUCCUGGAACGGAAAAAAUGAGGGUUUACAGUACUCACCUCGUGAAUCUAAUUCCCAAGGACCCAAUGGAUUUUCUGAUUCUUCUCUUUAUAUCCCAGUGGCUCAUAUGACAAGUCAACGGUGGCCCGCCGAUUUGACUUCAGGUCUUGAGUCUGAGGAAAUGACCCGCUUUCCAUCCAAGGAUUCAUCAAGGACAACUCAGUCAACAUCAACAACUGAGUCUAUGCCAAUGGGAUACUUGCCCAAUGGCUCUCAGGCACAUUAUCAAAUGACAUCUGCAAGAUCAGAUAUUACAGGUAGAUCAGCUAGUCCAGCCAACACUCUUCUGUACACUCCAACAGCACAAUUUGAUUUUCAAUCUGCGUUCGACAGCUUCCAGUACCCAGGAGGAGAUGAGUCAGCCGGGAAUGAUUACCAAGUACCAGUCACCAGUGGAUUCCAGCAGCCACCAACUUUGUCGUUGACAACAGGAGGAUUUGAAAUGUUUUCCAAUAACCAUGGAUUACCUACAAGUAUGACAGCAGCUCCAAGCUCUAUUUCCAGUUAUGUUCACAGCGCACAAGAUUCAGUUUUCUUCGAAAGCCCUGUCUUGGGAUCUCCAGAUAUGUGGGAGACUGCUUUACUUGAAUCUUCUAAACCACACACCCCUAUUGCCGAGGACUCAUGGGCUCUGCCACCACAAAUGAUGUCUUCAACAAACAGCCCAUUGGACUACUCCCCAACCGAAGGCCGAUCACCAAGGUAUGUUCAAGGCCUUCCAGAUUUCGUGGAUUCACCUCCUUACAAGAUCGGCGACAGGACUAUAAGGAAGCCAAUGGGACCCAGAGCUUCCAAAGUAGCUAGUGACACGAACUCCAGACGUGUCCUUGGAACUGAGACAGAGGAGUCCUUCAAGUUGAUGGGACGUUCCAGUCUCGAUGCUGAUAACUCAGCACGUGAUCACCAUUUGUACCAUAAUGUGACGACUCAGUCCGAUGGAUUAUACCACUGCCCAUGGGAAGGAAACGCAUCAUGCCAGCACAAGCCAGAGAAGCUUAAGUGUAACUAUGACAAAUUCGUCGACUCUCACUUGAAGCCAUACCGUUGCAAGAUCGCUGCGUGUGCAGACAACAAAUUCUCCUCCACAGCAUGCCUACUCCGCCACGAGAGAGAAGCCCACGCCAUGCACGGACAUGGGGAUAAGCCCUUCCUUUGCAAGUAUGAUGGAUGCGAGCGCGGCGUCACUGGCAAUGGCUUCCCGCGUCGCUGGAAUCUUUAUGACCACAUGAAGCGCGUACACAAUGACCCAUGCACAUCCAGGAGUGCCGGUGGUUCCCCACCACCUGCUGAGAAGUCAGCCACUGGCUCAAAGAAGCGUAAGCAGGAUGCCAUCACGGAACCAAGUAUCUCGGAUAAGGAACCAGUCAAGAGAGUCAAGUCUCCAGUUGUUAACCAGCAACCAUCCUUGAUUGAAAUCUACCACCAAAGCGAGCAGCGACUCCAGGAGGCUGUGAAACAAUUGCACGAUCCCAAGAGUGCAAAUGGAAUGACCAACUUGAGAAAUGCCAGUGACUGCAUCAAGAUGAUGGCGCAGACUCUUCAAAAGAUCAAUCAGGCAUCUCCAGCCAUGAGCCGUACCUUCAGCCAUGGAUCCAUGGGCUGA